UUGUAAUUCGCUUUAUGGGAUACCUAUGUAGGUUGAAAUAUCCCCUUGUGGUUCUAUCAUUGGCACUCUCAUUGAUAAACACUUCCACUGAACUGGAGGGUUUGGAAUAAGCAAUUCUAUUCCAUAAAGCAGAAGGAAACCUUUAAACAAAACAGCCUGAAGGCCCAGAGAAGCACAAGUACUUCCAUCCUGUGCCAGAAAUACUUGAGAAGCUCACUGCCGUUUGUAUUGCAACAUGUUUGUCGUCAUAAUUAACUCUUCAGUAGAAAGCUGGAAGUGACCAGUCAUUAACGAACGGGUCGUAUAUCCUGGAAAUUAGUUGGCAUUUGUGAUUCCCUCGUAUUGAGGUCGAUGUGUUCUUUUAAUGUAUUUUAGAGAUUCUGCCUGAACAACACGUUUUGGUAUACACACACUUACACACAACAAUCCAAAGGGAAAAUCUCAUGGGCUCUUUUUAUAAAAUAUUAACUUCCAGUUUGGCCUACAAAAAUACAACUUCCUGCAAACCUUUUAUACACAAGCAUGAAUAUAGUGUCAUAUUUCUGCUGCUUCCUGUUAACCUUAACCAUCACUAUAUUCCAUUCACUGCCAUCAGUUUGUCUGUUCUUCUAUGUAACGUAACUGAUCGUAUCCCGAAAUAACCUCAAGUGUCAGUUUCAUUGAUGCACAAUUCGUUGCCAUUCAUAUCAUCACCGUCUCCAAUAAUAAAGCUAGACAUGUGCAGGCAUGUUGGUUUCACAUGGACAGCCACCUGAGGAAUGUCACAAGCACUUCAUCCCUGCUGCUGGAAAACACCUUUAACCGCAUUACAAGUUCAUGUGUAAAACUGAAACUGCAACGGGUAUUCCAGCUUUUCUUAUCACUGAAAUGGGCUCAAUCAAAAAACCGUACAAUAUGUUACAUCAUACAUUGAUAAUGUCGUAGUGUCAGUAACGCCUCUCUCCCUAAACCACACCUCCAGUUGACAACAAAUAUUUCCUCUCUGAAAGCUCAGAGGCAGUCUCACAUAAAAAGGGCUUGCAGCUCACUGAGAGAGGGUAUUUCUCUUCUCUUUACUCAGCACUGUCUUUCAGUGUGUGCUGUGUGUAUGGCGCAUGUUUCCUCAGCAUGAUUUUUGCACAGACAGUCUCCAGGAUCAGUGUGAGGAUCCAACAAGCCGACUUUUGAAUCUGACGGAUCACAGUGAAGAGGAAUCAGUGCCUGAGGAGAAGACUCCGGUUCAAAGGAAGCUACUACCAAGUCCAAAACAAUAAGGAUUCACUCUGCCUGGCAACAACUUUAACCAUUAUGCUUCCGAUUGAAUGACAUUAAAUAGGGCUUUUAGACAUCAACUUCAUUUAUUGCUGUGAAAGCACAGCUAAUUCAAUUGUGAAUGACUUCAAUUACUCCUUUAGCGACAGAACAAAACAUGUCUGUGAAUACCACAGUUGACCACUGCAAAACACCCAAUCAAUCCACAUAUGAAGUCCUCUCAUGGCUGAUUAUGGGAGAGUUCGUGCUGGGUCUGCCACUCAACCUGUCGGUCCUCUACAUCUUCAUCUUCAGGUACAAGUUCUGGAAGAAAAAAAGUAUCUUCCUGUUCAAUAUUGUGGUUGCGGACUUCUUGAUGAUGGUCUGUCUUCCUGCCAAGGCUUACGAUUACCAGCAUGGCCAGAGACGCAGCCCGAAACCACUCGCCUGUAAGUUGAUGCACUUCAUGCUGUUUCUCAACCGGGGAGCCAGCAUUACCUUCCUCAUCAUACUCUCCAUCGACCGAUACUUCAACGUGGUUCAUCUCGGGAGGAGGAACUUUGUCAAAGUGCUGAAGAAAACGCCUCAAAUCUCCAUCCUCAUCUGGGUUCUCUUGCUUACCCUCACCAUCCCCACUAUGGUCAACUCCUUUGAGUGCUGCAACAGCCACGGCCGUGCGAUAGAGACGCCUUCUUACGACGUGACGGACACCUUAAGAGAGAUCGUCUACUUCACUCAGAUCCUCAUCCCCUUCACCGUCCUCCUCUUUUGCACUGUGCGCAUCGUGAACCGGCUGCGGAGGAAGACCGUGGGGGAGAAGACCAAACUGAGGCGAGCGGUGCUGGUGGUCAUAUCUGUCGUCGUCGUCUUCGCCCUCUGCUUCCUGCCAAGCACUAUAGCCAGAGCGGUGCUGCUGGCCGUCCGGCUUCAGGAUUGGCAGAACGCAGAGAACGUUGUGGUUCAGGUGUACGACAGCCUCAUGGUGCUGUCUUUCAUGGACUGCCUGCUGGACCCGCUGGUGUACUGCUUCUGUAACUCAGGCUUUAAAGACGCUUACAUUUCCACCUUCUGUCCGACCUUUCUACAGAAGAAACUGUUGAAAACUGACUUUGGAUUGGGAACAACAACAACAACAACAACAACAAUCAUAACAACUACUAAUUCUGGAAAUAGAACUGUCUGUUUGAAAAAAAAGUGAUCAUAUAUUUUCCCUCCCUUGAGAGCCAAACCACCGUUCCACACAGGUGUUUUCAGCAGCCCGAGCAGAUUA